UGGCAGAAGUGCACGGAGGGGAUUGUCGGGAAGCUCCAUGUAAUGAAGACAGGUGGACUGGAUGAAGUGAGAAGUUCCAUGCACUUUCUUCGGGGAUGGCGCCCUGAUAGGACCAUGGAAUUCAAUUUUAAUGUUUGGUGGUAAAGAAAUGGGAAUUUCCAGUGGUCUGGAAUGAGCAGAGGUAGAGCACAGCUAAUCGCAGUCACUUGUCCUCCAAGCCUGCAGCGACCAUUCUGUUGUCACCCAGACCCUGUACAAUGAAGCGGUACUUCAAGGGUGAUGUCAUCUGCACAGUGCUGAUUGUCGCCAUUCUCUGUCUUCUGCUCUACAUGCAAAAUGACCUAAUGGCCAGGUGGAAACUGCAGACCCUGCCCCAGGAAUUAGCCAAAAUGAGGAAUCUUCUAGUAGCUCAGACUUCAAGUUACAGGGCACAGGUGCAGAAACCCGCAUUCACUUCUAAGCCUCUAUGCAAACCGGACACGAUGGAGCCAGUGAACGUCCAGCCCAGUGGGACACCAUCUUUCAACUUUCAUCAUUACUUGAGAAACAUCCACUGCCGGGACUUCAGUCUUCUUCUCAAUCAGCCUACAAAGUGCAAUCCUGCCCCAUUUUUACUCAUUGCUGUUAAAUCGUUAGCAAACGAGUUUGAAAAGCGUGAGGUGGUACGCAAAACUUGGGGUGCCACGGGUCUUUUAAAAGGAGUUCAGAUAACGACGAUAUUUCUUUUAGGGGUCCCUAGAAAUCAGUCAGUGCUGCCAGGGUGGAAACAACUGCUUCAGUACGAGAGCGAUGCUUACCGGGAUGUUCUCCUCUGGAAUUUUCAAGACACGUUCUUCAACUUGACGCUGAAAGAAAUACAUUUUCUCAAGUGGGUGCACACCUUUUGCCCAGGUGUGCAGUUCAUAUUUAAAGGGGAUGCGGAUGUGUAUGUGAAUAUUGACAACAUUUUAGAGCUUCUGAAGGAACAGAAGGCUAACCAGGACCUUUUCAUUGGGGACAUCAUUUACCAGGCCCAGCCCAUAAGAUCCAAAAAGAGCAAGUACUUCAUCCCAGAGAUUGUGUAUGGCCAAGGGAUUUACCCAAACUAUGCAGGAGGUGGGGGCUUUCUAAUGUCCGGCUUCACGGCCGAGAGGCUAUACGCAGCCUGCCAGCAGGUCGACCUUUUCCCGAUUGAUGAUGUGUAUUUGGGAAUGUGUCUGAUGCGGAUUGGGCUGAAACCAACCGCACACGAAGGCUUCAGGACUUUUGGGAUUGUGCGUCCUUCAGCCGCACCCCACCUUCAGGUCUAUGACCCGUGUUUCUACAAAGAACUGAUGGUGGUCCACAGCCUGACGGUGCCCGAGAUCUGGCUGAUGUGGAACAUGCUGCACGACCCAAAGAUUGUUUGCAAUAAGAGAGUACUUGUGAAGAAGCCGUUCCGAUGGACUGAAAGAAAACAAUCUUUAGGAGGAAAAGCAGGCCAUCUAAAUUAGCCAUUUGCACUGAAAUUCUUUUGGACAUCACAGCUUACAGAUCUUUAAAUCACUUAAAUGGCUGAACGGCCUGCGUUCUCCUCCACAUUUGUGAAUGGCUUCUGCCUGCCUAAAUCACAACAGAUGGCACAACACCUUUCAGUUAGCAGGUUCUUCUCAUAUUUCUUCUAUUGUUCACAAUUCUAUACAAGCAAAGACCUUACAAAAACAGGCGUCUUGUUCUUCAGAUGUGCUUUCUAGCUUUUAAGGACUAAGGAGACCCCACUUACUGUAAACGAGUGACAACUGCUUCAGGUAGCCAUCAGGACAACUCCUGUGCACCGUAUGACACACUUUGGAGCAGUAAAGGCUGUUCGGUUUCUGAGCCACCCUUCUGUUUCCGUUUGACACAAGUGAGCCUUGUGAUUUCAAAGGCCACUUUAUCAUGGCUAACAAACAAGUGGAAAAGGCCAUGUGGAACCUGCUGUUGACUACAACAAUCUCCAGGCUUGAAUCUUGUCUGUAAUCCACAGUCUCAUUCCUGCUCCCACCCUGCAGGGUGACCCUGUCACUUAAUAUGUUUCAACUGUUUUAAAUAAAUAUAAAAACAGA